UUUUAAUUUUUCCUUUAUGAAAUUUUGAUAUAAUAAGAAAUCAAUUUUUUAAAAACAUUUUUAAACAUAUUUCUUACACAAUUUUAACAAUUUAAGUUAAAUUUGUAUGUUUCCGAAUAAAACUGUGUUAAUAUUUAAAACAACUUAGCUUUUUAACACUGUCCGAAUUUAUUUUCAAUAUAUGAUAGUCAAGUUCUACGAUAAAUACGAUGUCAACGUCAAAGUUACCUAUAUCUCCUGAUGAUCAUGAAUUUGUUGUUCCACAAAAAUCGAUUAAAACACCGGCUCAUAUGAAAAUGUGGGAAAAAUCCGAAGCAUAUUUUGAAUAUUUGGGAUUUAUAUUGGCUUUGAAUGAAUCAGUUCAAGGAAAAGCUUUAGAUGUUGAAUGCUCACAAAGUCCUGCAAUAGGAAAUGUUAUUAAAAUGCUUAAUGAAUUUGAUGAUUGGAUAACACAGAUACCUCCUACUGAACAGCCCCAACGUUUUGGAAAUAAAUCAUUUAGAAUAUGGCAUGAAAGAUUACAACAGAAUGGAAUAACAAAAUUACAAAAAGUAUUGCCACAAAAAUUACAUAGAGCAGUUCCAGAAAUAGUUCAAUAUUUAUGUGAAGGCUUUGGGAAUGCAACACGUAUAGAUUAUGGCACAGGACAUGAAAUGGCAUUUUUAAUGUUUUUAUGUUGUAUGUUCAAAAUUGGUGCUUUUACACAAGAUGAUAAAGUUGCAGUAGUUAUAAAAAUAUUUAACAGAUAUCUGGAAUUAGUACGUAGAUUACAAUUAACUUAUCGGAUGGAACCAGCAGGUAGUCAUGGUGUAUGGAGUCUAGAUGACUAUCAAUUUGUUCCUUUUAUAUGGGGAAGUGCACAAUUAAUUGGACAUCCUCGUAUAGAACCUCGUCAUUUUGUUGAAUCAGAUAUUGUUCAAACAUAUAGCAAACAAUAUAUGUUUCUUGGUUGCAUUGAAUUCAUUUCAAAGGUAAAAACAGGCCCAUUUGCUGAACAUUCAAAUCAAUUAUGGAAUGUGAGUGCAGUGUCUACAUGGGUCAAAGUAAAUAGCGGUCUUAUUAAAAUGUAUAGAGUUGAGGUUCUGGCGAAAUUCCCUGUUAUUCAACAUGUUUUGUUUGGUUCUUUAUUGUCAAUAAAAUCUGUGUCUAUUCCCCCUGUCAAAAAGGAUUCUCGUCGAGAUGAGCCUGUGCAACCAUCUCCAAUUCAAUAAUAUGCUUCAUAUUUGUUGAUGUAGUUUGUAGCAAACAUUCGAUAUUUAUAAUAAAAUUUUACAUUUCAAGUAUAUAAUUGAUAAAUUAAAUUAAAUUUCAAGUACAUUAUUAUAAAUAAUUUUAUUAUGUAGGUAUUUAUCAUUAAAUAAUAAAAUAUAUUUUAUAUAAAUUUUAAUUUUAAAAAAUUUAUGUAAAAAAUUUAUGUGAAAAAUUUAAAGUGCAAAAAAUUGGCAAUUAAUUAGCAAUGUAUUACAUAAACAGACAUUGUAAUAAUUAUUUAUUGUAAAUAAAAUUUAUAUAUUAUAAA